AUGGCAACAAUCAAAGGCCUGGACGCCCGCGAUCGCCCCCCAGAAAAAGUCCGCGAUGUCUUCAAAACAUACCUGCACAUCAAAGCGCCAGACAUCGCUCUGGACGCAGACAUAAUUGACCUGGAGAAAGUGGACGUGGAUUGCCUGCCUGCCGCCUUCGAGGCUUCAAGGUUUCUAGACAGUAAAAGCAUGCGCCUGGCCUUUGAUGAAUUCAUGGGCAAGGUUGAUCCUAGUGCCAAGCCAGCAGGAGAUCAUGGCGGUGGGCUCAUUGAGGACGUCCCCGUCUUUACACACAAGAAAGUAUCUGGUAAUGAUAUUGGAACCGGCCUACACAAAGAGAGAGUCUGCCAAUCUACCGAAAACAAAGCGAAAGGCGCUUCAUUUUUCGAAGCAAACCCUACACACAUUAUCUUGCCAAAGGAUCCGGACGUCAACAAGCCCAUAGCUAUCCAAGGCAUGCUAGACAAGCAGCUUCGAUGGAUUAAAUUAGACGACAAGCCACCUGCAACCCCGACGGACAUAUCUCAUCUUCUCCGAGCUGCAUUGCAAUCAACAACAGUCAAUAUCUACUCUGCUGCCAACGACACUGUGGGCAUGCACCGCGAUGUCAGCGAGGAAAGCAAUAUUAGGCUCGUUAGUGUGAGCAUGGGCUGCGAUGCGCUUUUUAUGAUUGGCCAUGAUGGCGGCGAGGGCUGUGGUGUUAUCCGAUUGCGCUCCGGCGACGCGGUGUCUUAUCUGGCCAGUUGA